AUGUCGACCAUAACGACGACCGCGCUGCAAACCUCCUACCCUCCCUUCCUCCCCAACUCCUUCAACGGCAACCAACCCAAGACAAUCCGCCUCUACCCCCUCUCCAACUACACCUUUGGCACCAAGGAAAUGCAACCAGAAGAAGACCCCUCAGUCCUCGCGCGCCUCAAGCGCCUCGAAGAACACUACAGCCAACAUGGCAUGCGCCGCACCUGCGAAGGCAUCCUCGUCUGCCACGAACACAACCACCCGCACAUCCUGAUGCUGCAGAUCGCCAACGCCUUCUUCAAGCUCCCCGGGGACUACCUCAAGCCCGAAGACGAGGAGGUCUCGGGGUUCAAGGAACGCUUGAAUGAGCGCUUGGCGCCGGUGGGCACGCAGUUUAGUGGUGAGGGCGUUAAUGAGGAGUGGGAGAUUGGCGAUACGCUGGCGCAGUGGUGGAGGCCGAAUUUCGAGACCUUCAUGUACCCGUUUAUCCCGGCGCAUGUUACGAGGCCCAAAGAGUGCAAGAAGUUGUACUUUAUCCAGCUUCCUAGGCAGAAGGUCCUGAGUGUUCCCAAGAACAUGAAGUUACUCGCUGUCCCUCUCUUCGAGCUCUACGACAACACGGCAAGAUACGGUCCCCAACUCUCAGCGAUCCCGCAUUUGCUCUCGCGGUAUAAUUUUGAGUUUAUCGAUGAGAAGGGAGAGGUUGUGGCUGUUACGCCUGGCGGGGGUCCAAAUGAGGAUGGGUAUGUGCCUAAGACGAGGGUUCUGGCUGGUUCCGAUGAGGAGAUGAAGGAUGAUGGCAGUAAAGGCGAGAAUGGGAUCUCAUGA